AUGACUGAUAAUAACGACAAUGUGGAUAGUAAGGUUUCAACUGAAGUAAUUAACCACGAAAUUACUGAUCUUGAAGACACAGAAAACGAAAAUGUCAGUACCGUGUUCCCUUUCAAUAGUGACGGAGAAAUGCGAACAGUUUUUAAUGAUCCAGUAAAUUUUAAUGUGAAACACCCACUUUUCAACGCAUGGACGUUAUGGUUUGAUAAUCCUGGUAAAAAAGCAAGUGUAGCAAGUUGGUCUCAGAAUCUUAAGGAGUUAAUCACAUUCGAUUCCGUAGAAGAGUUUUGGGGCGUCUACAAUAAUGUAGUCAAGGCUAGUGAUUUAUCAUCUGGAUCUAAUUAUCAUCUUUUUAAACGAGGAAUAAAACCAAUGUGGGAGGAUCCAGUAAAUGAAUAUGGUGGAAAAUGGGUUGUUCAAUUUAUGCGAAAUAAGACUGGAGAAGAUAUCAAUACACUUUGGCUUUAUACAAUGCUUGCUUGCAUUGGGGAAGAAUUUGAUUAUGCAGAUGAAAUUUGCGGUGCUGUAGUAUCUGUUAGGAAAAUCUUUUACAGAAUUUCUUUGUGGACGCGAUCAUCAGACAAUAAAGAAAUUUGUAUGACUCUUGGGCAUACGGCAGCUGAAACAAGUCUUGGAUUUAAAUCAUAA